ACCCAUAUCAAACAAAAUGGGACAUUCAAAGGAAGAGCGAAAGAGUUGGAUUACCCACACCCACCACAGCCAUAGAGCUUUCAUCUGCGCUCUUUUUGGGUUUUACCAAAGCAAAAAUGAGUGCCAACGUUAAGCACUGGCAGUUUCAAGGCUUGCGUAUCUCUCAAUUCCAUGCACAAAACAUUUCCCAUAUUAAAAGGUGCCGUCUUGUCCCAAUCUUCCCUCGAAAUUGCUCGUUAAAGCCUUCAGAGUUGCGGUCUCUCGGUUCUUCAGUUCAAUUAAGCGCCGAUUCUCAAUGUUACUCUCGAAACUCAAGAUUCUUAGUGAGCAAAUGUUCGUCAGAGAAGUUUUCGGAUCCUUUCGAGGAGCAGGAUCAAGGUCCGAAUUUUGCAACCGAACAAAAUAAGGUGCUUAAGCAGAAGGAAUUUUCUAUUGUGAAUAUCUUGCAACAAUCAAAUUCACUUCUGCCUCAUGUAGUUCUUGCUAGUACACUAUUAGCUCUUGUUUAUCCACCCUCUUUCACGUGGUUCACCACCAGGUACUAUGCUCCUGCAUUAGGGUUUCUGAUGUUUGCAGUUGGGGUCAAUUCCAGUGAAAAGGAUUUUGUUGAAGCAUUCAAGAGACCAGCGGCUAUUUUGGCUGGUUACAUUGGCCAAUUUGUUGUGAAGCCUAUUCUUGGAUAUUUCUUUGGCAUAAUAUCUGUAUCAGUCUUUGGCCUUCCUACCCCCAUAGGUGCUGGGAUUAUGUUGGUAUCCUGUGUUAGUGGGGCCCAGCUUUCAAAUUAUGCUACUUUUCUUACUGAUCCACCAAUGGCUCCUCUAAGUAUUGUCAUGACAUCUUUGUCUACUGCUACUGCGGUUUUUGUUACGCCAUUACUGUCGCUCUUGCUUAUUGGGAAGAGACUCCCCGUUGAUGUAAAAGGAAUGAUAUCCAGCAUUCUGCAGAUAGUAGUGGCCCCAAUUGCCGCAGGAUUGCUUCUAAACAGGUUCUUCCCCUGGAUUUCUAAUGCUAUUCGACCCUUUUUACCUCCUCUUUCAGUACUUGUAACAGCCUGCUGUGUUGGAGCACCACUUGCUAUCAAUGUUGAGUCUGUUAUGUCCUCUUUUGGGGCAACCAUACUAUCACUCAUUGUUUUAUUUCAUCUGUUGGCAUUUGUUCUUGGUUAUGUUCUUGCUGGCCUUGUCUUCCCUAAAGAACCUGACCUGAAAGCACUUCAAAGAACAAUGUCCUUUGAGACAGGGAUGCAGAGCAGUCUUCUUGCCCUUGCACUUGCAAAUAGGUUUUUCCAAGAUCCACUUGUGGCUGUGCCUCCAGCAAUAUCUACUGUAAUGAUGUCUUUGAUGGGCUUCUUUCUUGUAAUGGUUUGGACUAAGAGGAAAGAAGUAUGAUGAGGGAUAGCUUGUGCAAAUUUCAGAAGUUUGAUACAUUGCUAGUGAACCUCUGAUUGCUCCUCUGUUGGAUUUCUCUCAUCCUGUUAAUUCGGUUGAGGAAAAGGAGCAGCUUCUUGAAUUUGACCCGUCCAUCCAUUCUCCUGGGCGUGUAUGCAUUCCUGUAAGCCAUCGAUAAGCUCUUGCAGGAUCAUUUGAAGGCACUAUGUGAUGUCUUUUAUCUAUGUAAUGUAACAUGUUCCUGUUGUUUCUGUUAUGUUUCAUUUGUGACAAGAAAGGAUAUUAGCUGUAGAAAUUAAUUGGUUCCAGCACGAUUCCAUAUUUUUCUUUU